AUGCCCGGCAUCUUGCCGAUGAAGAUGAUUCGAGUGGGGAGCAGUACCCAGAGCAGGAUUGCGCAAGCUUGUGACCGAUGCCGCAGUAAGAAGAUACGGUGCGACGGCGUCAGACCAUGCUGUACUCAAUGUGCCAAUGUCGGCUUCGAGUGCAAGACCAGCGACAAGCUGAGUCGCCGGGCUUUUCCGCGAGGCUAUACAGAAUCAUUGGAAGAUCGCGUUCGUGGCCUCGAGGCCGAGGUUAGAGAGCUCAAGGAGCUCUUGGACGAGAAGGACGAGAAGAUCGAUAUGCUGUCUCGCAUUCACAGUUUCUCUCCUCCCUCGCGAAAAUGUUCGGCCUCCUUGUCGCCGUCACAUGCAGCACAGGUGAAGGCCGAAGUUGAAUCGGCUAGGGAAGAAGUGCUGCAUGUUGAAAUCCCUGCACCCGUGCAGCCCAAGGCCACCUCGACUGGUUCCUCGACCACGCCUUCUUUCAUCGAGGCGUUUGAUCAGAAAGUCCAAGAAGCUGGCCGACAAACCACUGGCAUAUCAUCGUCGGGCCUACAAAAAGCCAUUCAGCCUACUCGUCGAUCCGCAGCCCCCGGCCCCAAAGUGCCUCCCAGGAUCCAUUCUGAUCAGUAUAUAAACCUUUUCUUUCAAGAGUGGCAACCGUUGUUGCCAAUUCUCCAUCGACCAACCUUCCUCCGUGUUUAUGAGCAGUACCUAGCCAAUCCUGAAUCAGGCAACUGGCAGAGUAACAAGCAAGCAUACGCCCAACUAUUCCUAAUCUUCGAGAUUGCGGCCCUAUCCAAUAUCUCCACCCCGAAGAAGAAUACUCCGUCUUACGAGGGACAGUGGCGCAAGGCUCUUUACUCAACUUCUUCGAAUGCUUCUCUACCAACACUCCAAUGCCACGUGCUAGCCCAGAUCUGCUACAUGCUGCGUGCCGACUACACACAUCUAGCGCGGCAUCGCGGCAUCGCAAUCACAAUGUGCCACGAGCUUGAGCUUCAUCAAGGACACAAGUACCAGAGCUUGUCUCCUCUCGAGGCUGAGACCAGAAAGAAGGUGUUUUGGUGCCAAUAUGUUCUCGACAAGUUCAUAUCCGCUGCCACUGGCACGCCAGUACUUCUCCGCGAUAGUGACAUCACCACAGAAUACCCAGCUGACGUCGACGACGAGAACCUAAGCACUCAGGGUUUCUCUCCUACCCUUCCUGGUGAAUUGACAAAGAUAUCGAGCGCACUUGCGUUGUUCCGCGUUUCCAGAAUUCUGUCCAAAGCCCUAGACACUCUGUAUCCUGCCAAAGCAAGCUAUCAGCUCUCGUUGACCAAACUUCACGCGCUCUCCGACGAGCUUGACCAGUGGUCAGAAGAACUUCCCGAGCACCUCCGCUUGCGAUUCUGUAAUGACAAGCCUGCGACGAAUCUGAUAGGCUGCAGAUCGCCGCUGCUGUCCCUUGCCUACUUCUUCACGAGAAGCUUGAUCCACCGACCACUACUCUGUCACGCGUCUGGAAGCGCCUCCUCGGCUGCUGGUAUUGUUUUGGCAGCCGCAGGCAAACACGUUCUCCAAAUCCUUGAUCUUCUUUUAGAGCGCCGCAUGAACUAUACUUUCCCACUGAACAAGGCCGACAUACUGUUGAACUCAGGAUUGGCGAUACUCUGGCAAUCUCUUGAUUUGGAAGAUGACAGUAAGCUUGCCAGAGACAAUCAAAAGUCUUUGGCAAUGCUUGUGGGCAUGCUACAUUCAGAGAAUGCGCCUGCUGCUGCGGAAUUUCAGAAAAUUGCCACCUGUUUUAUUGCCCUAGACACACGACCAGCAUCGCUGCACAAUGCAGAACAGUCUACUGCUGGCGCUCAAAAAGCUACCGGUACAAUGCCAGCUCCAACCGAGUCGAAGUCAAAAUCUACUCGGAAGCAACUCCAAGCCAUUGCCUCACGAUGGUCUUCAUUCAGCAACAAAGGAAAGCCCGAAGAUCCAAGUCGACGUGCGACUGUCCCCCAGACUGGACCGAUUUCCCUUAGUCCUGUCAAUCGAGCAGCUAGCACUGUCAGCCUGUCCUCCACUCGAUCAGCGCCGAUCUUGCCAGUGGCCACUUCCUCGCCCCACCAAGUUACUGCAUCGGGCCCUCUGGGCACGCCCGCCAUCAAUUUAGACUACCUGCCGCUCGGUGAUGAGUUUGGCGACUCGCAAACCAGGACAUCGUCGAGCACGAUGCUGCCUCCGAAGAAACAGCCAGCACCCGCCCUUCCCGAUUCUGGCUGGGAAACUCUGCUGGACGGUUUCGACCACAAUAAUGCGGCCCUCUACCAGGACCUGCAAGCCAGUAGCCACUCGCUCUACCAGAUACCCAGCAACGAAUGGACACCAGAUGCAUGGCACCUCUCGGGUAUGGACCUUGCGACGAAGGCACCCGUACCUCAAAGCCUACUCAGCUUUUCGGAGGAAUCAUUGACAAGCGGCGACGAUUUCCUGUUCAGCACUGCAGGGAGUCACAAUGGCUCAACGGUGACAGGCGACAGUCUAGAGCUCCCAGAGACAUACCGAGGCAUUACUAUCCCGGUGGAUGAUGAAUUUGAAUUUCAUGAGGUGGAAGCUUGA